AUGCUGGAAUUGGCUCGUGGUUCACGUUGGAAAGACCAAAUCUCGAGAUUUAAUAGUUUAAAAGGAUGGUGCCUCCUUAUGUUUCUGUCUGUGAGGAGCGUUUCAGCUGUGGGAACAGAUUUAGGUUGUUAUUCUUCAAUACCUCAGUCAUUCUUAGAUCAUGAAUACCAAUUUAACUAUCAGAGUAGUCUAGCCUGCUCUCAAUCAUGCGAGAAGGAGGGAGCUACCUAUUUUGCAUUACACAACUAUGGGUACUGUUACUGUGGGAAUACAGAUCCAAGUAACCUGUCAAAAAGUAAUGACUGUGAUACUUAUUGCUAUGGGUAUGCAGAGGAAAACUGUGGGGGUAAGAACGCUUACCGUAUCUUUAAAAUGGAUGAAGAUGGUUCUGGGUCUGGGGGUGGCCAGCAAGGUAGUGCAUCGCCAUCUUCGCCCCCUUCAGGCUCAAAUGGUGGUACACCUUCUACGAAUACAAACCAGCAAACUGCUCCUCCAGGCGCUUCUAAUGAUCCUCAGCAAGGCUCUCCAACUACUGUGGAACCAACUGUGGUUACUAUGACUUCAAUUGAAACCAGGGGUGGUUCGGUUGUUUAUGUCACUACAAAUGCUCCAGCUGACUCGUCACCAUCUUCUACUUCAAGCGGCUCAUCUGAUAACUCAAAGAACAGCGGUAAAUCCGUACAGACAAGUACUUUGAUCGGAGCAAUUGUCGGUAGUGUGGUGGGACUCGUACUAUUUGCUCUUCUACUCCUCAUUGCUUUAAGACGAAUUGCAGCUAGACGAGAGCAGGCAAGAAUGGAAAAGGAAUACCAAGAGGCUAUCAAGCCUGUAGACUACGAUGAAACAAUGUACUUACCUUCAGUUCUAACCGAUAAAACGUUGCAUGAAAAAACCUCCGCGAAGAUGAACCCAUUUGAUGAUAAUAGGCGAUUCAGUACCGGUUCAGUGGUUAUUGACUCGCCCGUCAUCGCCAAUACUACAUUAACUGUGGUUAACCCCGAUAACGCGUGA